AUGUCUUCCGCUGAGAUAGUAGUCACUCUGAUAGCACAUGGUUCUGAGCUCUCUGAGCAAACCAAGAGCGGGUUUCGCGCGUUCCUGAAUGAUCUCUCUGACGUCGAACUAGAGCAGGAAAAAGCGCUGUCUGUGAGAGCUUAUGACUUCUUUUUAAGGACCCAAAAAGAUGUCGCUGUCAUUAAAGAAACCAUGGGUAGCCUUGGCAAUGGCAUUUUGGAUGUUAUUGUGCAGAAGAACUCGGAGUGGCGCAAGAAAAAAGGUCUCGUAGUGUUCGACAUGGACUCGACCUUGAUCUAUCAGGAAGUCAUUGAAUUGAUUGCUGCGUAUGCGCAAGUCGAGGACCGUGUGGCUGAAAUCACAGAGCGUGCCAUGAAUAAUGAGCUGGACUUCAAGCAGUCCUUGCAGGAGCGCGUGGCUCUGCUGAAGGGUAUCAAAACAGCUACACUGUACGACGAGAUCAAGGCGAAGCUGCGGGUGACAGAGGGUGUUCCAGAGCUUACGCGAGGCUUGCAAAAGACCGGAUGUAAGCUCGCUGUUUUAAGUGGCGGGUUUACGCCAUUUGCCAAUCACAUGAAGGAGGUGCUGGGACUGGAUUUCGCACGGGCCAACGUACUGGCCACAGAGACGGACGCGAGCACGGGCGAGGAGGUGCUGAGCGGCUACACCCUCGGGGACGUUGUGGAUGGCGAGUGCAAGGCUGCGACGUUGAUCGAGCUUGCGCGCGAGCACGGAGUGCCAAUCGAAGCCACGGUGAUGGUUGGAGACGGCGGAAACGACUUGCCUGCGAUGGGCGUUGCUGGGUUCGGAAUUGCCUGGAACGCGAAGCCCAAGGUCCAGGCUGCCGCACCUUCCAAGCUCAACACGCGCUCUAUGCAAGACGCGUUCUACAUCUUUGGAUACACUGACGGUGAGAUCCAGGAGCUCCUAAAAUGA